GCUUCUAUACAAACCCCAUUUCCCUAUUUCCCUGCUCGCUCACUCACUUGUCACCACUCAUACCCACGUCCCUCACCUCCAUGGCGUCUCCUCUAUCCCUAACACUAGCGUUCCUCCUCGUCGCUUCCGUCGCUUUCCGGCGCUGCCGCGGCGGUGGCCGAGCGCUCGCUUCCCUGGUCGAGGAGCAACCACUGGCCAUGACCUACCAUAAGGGCGCCCUCCUGUCCGGCAACAUCUCCCUUAAUCUCAUCUGGUACGGCAAGUUCUCUGCUGCCCAGCGCGCCAUCUUGUCGGACUUCGUCGUCUCCAUUCACCACCACAAUCACUCUUCCGAGCCCUCCGUCUCCAACUGGUGGCGCGGCGGCCUCGCCAAGUAUUACGCCGCCUCCCGCACCCAUCCCCCCAAGCCCGCCCUCCGCAAGCAGCUCAUCGACGAAGGUUACUCCCUCGGCCGAUCCCUUAAGGAUUCCGACAUCCGCAGGCUCGCCGCCCGCAGCGCCCCGCGUGACGCCGUCAAUGUGGUCCUAACCGCCGCGGACGUGGCGGUGGAGGGCUUCUGCAUGAGCCGGUGCGGCACUCACUCGGCGGUGGCGCGGCGUUUCGCGUACCUGUGGGUGGGUAACGCAGCGACUCAGUGCCCCGGGCAGUGCGCGUGGCCGUUCCACCAGCCAGAGUGCGGGCCGCAGGCUCCACCCCUCGUGGCGCCCAACGGCGACGUCGGGGUCGACGGGAUGGUGAUCAACCUCGCUGGACUGCCAGCCGGCGUCGCCACGAAUCCCUUCGGUGGCGGGUUCUUCCAAGGGCCGAAGGAGGCGCCGCUGGAGGCGGCAACGGCGUGCCCCGGAGUGUACGGCAAAGGGGCGUACCCAGGCUACGCGGGAGACCCUCUAGUGGACGGCACUUCGGGUGCUAGUUACAACGCGAAUGGGGUUCGUGGAAGGAAGUAUUUGUUGCCGGCUCUAUGGGACCCGGCCACGUCAACCUGCUCAACGCUGACGUAGCGCCAAUUAUUCGCUAAUUUAUUUUUCAAUAGAAAAAAGACGAACGAAAAAAGAAAUUAGAGAUCCCGAGUAUGUAAUAAUUCUUUCAUUUAUUCGACGAAAUU